CAACUCCAUAUCAAAUGCUGGACCAAAACCUGACGCUUUAUCUAUCCCAGUCAGAAACCCUUAUUUUGUCUUCUACAUUUAUUUCUAACCCGGCGCCAUCUUUUGUGUGGACCUUCCAACCAUCAAAAUCAACCUAUGUAACGGAUCUUGUAAACGGAACGGAUGGCGUUAUUAUACAAAAUACGUUUGAGGUGAGGAAUUCAACAGCGUUUUCAGUUUUGACUCGAACCAGUAUACAGGAGAGGUGGUUUGGAUUAUAUAACGUCACAGCAGCAAACAAUCAUGGAAGUGUCAUGCUUCGCUUCACAGUUCAUGAAAAAUUGAACCCAGGAAUCCCAAACAAUCUUUUGAUUGGCUGCACGAAGCCUAGUUCUGUUGAAGUCUCGUGGAGUGACGGAGGGAACUCUCAGUAUUACCAAGUUAUCUUCAGCAGAGACAGAUUUCUUAACUCACAAGAGGUUUAUCCAGUGACGAUUGCAAAAACCACAGACGGAAGUGAUGUGUAUAGUCAGUAUAUAGACAAUCUGGAUGGAGGCCAUGCCUAUUUCUUUAAGGUUGUAGCGUACAAUCAGUACGGAAACACAACAUCAGCGGAUGCUGUUGGCUGCACUGUUCAGGAACCAUGUUCCUGUGGAACUGACAGUAUGUAUGUCACUGGAGUUGUACUGACAGUUAUUGGUAUACUUACACUUUUGAUCACAGUUGGAAUCGGGAUGUUUUACAAACGAAAUGGAAGACUUUGUCAUAGCCCAAGUCAGGUUCCAAAACAGAUGGACGAUGUUCAACUUUCAGAUCGAGGCCUCAGACUUCAAAGCGAAAUUGAAAGAUCUCCAUAUCAACAACUUGAUACUAAUGAGGUUGCCAAGGCGUCCGUGUAUUCUGAAAUCGGAGGACACCAUCAUGUUAACCAAAUUGAUCCCGACAAUGAUGGAGAUGGUGGAAAAUACGAGUCCUUGGAGGGGCGUUCAGAUCCGAACGCUUAUGACGAACCUCAUAGUAAAACGUCCGGUAACAGGGGCACAUAUAUCAAUACCACAAUCGCUUGUAAAGAUUAGUGUUGAUACACCAUUAGGGAACUCGUCAAUAAUGCAAUGUUUCAUCAAGCUAUGAUUUGAGAGAAGAGAUCAAAGAAGACUUUGCCAUGUUGUUAUAUAAGUGAAAUGAAACUUUGAAUGUUUGAGCUUUUCAUUAGAAAUAUCUAUUAUUCACAGUGUAUAAAUAUCAGUUUAAUUUUAUGUAACAAUCAAGUGCAUAAAAUCAUACAUAACAUCCAUUCAAAUAGAGUAUAUAUAUUAGUUACCAAACUUAUGUGUUGUUAUAUUAUGCUUAUGGUUUACCAAUGUCAGUUAAACGUGACACGAGAUAGUAUGGUAUGAUGUAAUGGAAUUGUU